CUCUCUCUCUCUACAGUACUAAUAACAACUCAAGGCUCUCACACAGAUGUUGAAGUGCUCAUUCUAUUAAUUUUAUCUUUUAUUCAUUUUUAUCUUUAAUUUCAUUAGGUUCACACAUUUUGUGUCCACUAUUAUUUUCCACUUUUUAUUUUCCAGAAUAUUCCGCUGGGAUAAGAGCAAUAAGCGCACGUGAACCUAAAUGUGAGAAGAAUCAGGAAGCAUGGAGCCGGCGAGUGUGGAGAACCUGUGCGUGUUGUACCACAGUGCUGAUUACCUGGUGCUCAAUAAACACUGGGACAUUCGCAUUGACAGCAAACUGUGGAGUGAAACCCACACAGUGCAGAAACAACUGAAGCACCGAUUCCCUCAGCUUGCUGACCCUCAGACACACUACGGCUUCAGGUUCUGCCAUCAGCUGGACUUUUCCACCAGCGGUGCGCUGUGUGUGGCGCUGAAUAAAGCUGCAGCUGGACGAGCGUAUCGCUGUUUCAAAGACAGAACAGUGACCAAGGCUUACCUCGCUCUGGUUCGAGGCACUGUGGCUGAGAGCAGAACGAUGCUGGACGCCGCCAUCGGGAAAAACACCACAGAAGGAAAAACACACAUGAUGUGUGUGGCAGGAACAGAUGGAUGCGAGAAUCCCAAACCCAGCCAAACAUUAUUAACUGUAUUGGAAUAUGGAUCAUAUGAUGGAGAGCCGGUUACUAAAGUUCUUCUGCAGCCUCUUACAGGACGCACCCAUCAGCUCCGAGUCCACUGCAGCUCCGUCGGUCACGCCAUCGUAGGCGACGUCACGUACAGCCUCGGCACAGACAGCGCUCCGUAUCGCAUGAUGCUUCACGCCUACUUCCUCAGAAUCCCUCUGGAGCAGGAGGUCAUCGAGGUCACGUCUUCCGAUCCCUUCGUCUCUGAACUGGACCCCAAAUGGACGCCAGAAACACACGUUCAGAACCUCCAGAGCUUAAUGACUGAAAUUGUAACGAGAACCAAAGCUGAGGAGCAACAAAGGGAGGAGGAGAAGCUAGCGAAUGAAGAAGAGAAGAAGAAUAGGAGGAGGAAGAGUGUGGAAGAGAGCGAGGAGGAACGAGCGCAGUGUCAGCAGUGGCUCUCUGAAUGGACGCUCAGCGACUAAUCUUUUUAUCUAUUUAUUUAUUUAUGAUUUUUAAAAAUGAAUUGCCAAGACGUUCAUUGUGGUUCCUCGUGUUAUCAUGUUACUGUAUGUUUAAGAAUCAUCAGAGUCUCUGUAUUAUUGAGCUGUAAUGGAUCAUUAGUCAGAGCAACAUUUCAUGUUCACGUGCUCAGGUCAUCCAGGCUGAGGACACGGUUAUACGGAUCAAAACAAAAUAAAGACGCAGGUCAGGUUCCAGUCAAAUCUUUUAUGUGUGAAGCUGAAACAUUCAUUUUGCAAACACAAUGCUCUACAUGAUGAAAUACUUUUUUGUUUCCUUUAGUCUCUAUUAAUCCACUCCACUAGCUGUAUUCGACUAAAGCUUGAAACUCGUAAUUUCCGACCUCCUAUGAGGGGAAAAACCAUAAUAAACUUGGAAUUCCUCCUUUUCUCCACUCUGAAUUCAGGGAAGGACGUCAAUUCAACAUUUUACACACACAUUUUAACUGAACUGUUUGAAGAGGAAAUAUACACCAGUAUCAGUUAUCUGGAUAGAUUUGUGCCAACAACAGACAAACCUCUCUUGAUAUUUGAGCUCGAGUGACAGAG